GUGCUUUCUACUCCGGUCUUCGUGCUUGACACCCAGACACCAACCAUGGCAGAUCCGCAACCUAGUAAGCUCUCGGAACAGAUCUUUCAAGAGCUCAAGAGCACAGAGUUUGCGUGCUCCUCGUUGAAGCCGCUCUCGGGAGGGACAGCCAAUUUCAUCUUCAAGGGCACUCUCACGAACCCCCUUCCGGACGGAACAAAGGAGGUGGCUGUGAAACAUGGCGAGGACUUCAUUGCGUCGAUGCCCGAAUGGCAGAUCCCCACAACCCGCUGCCGAGCUGAGGUGGAAUGCCUGAGAGCCCUUGGCGGGCUGCCGGCGACUGUGGGCACAUACACCGUCCGAGCGCCCAAACUCUACCACUUCAACCCGGAAACCAACACCCAGGUCCAAGAGUACCUCCCCGAGGCGCUGAGUCUCAAGGACUAUGCUCUCAAGCACUUCUCGCCUCGAGACCCGUCCAGGAAGCCGCUCUGUUUUGAACUCGGGCGGAACCUCGGUGCCUGGCUCCGCGGUUUCCACCGUUGGGCGUCGCUUCCGGAGCAGUCGGCGUUUCGCGAGAAGAUGAAGGCGAACGCGCCCAUGCAGAAAAUUAAGCAUCGCGCGAACUACGCGACGCUGGUAGACACAGUCGCCAACUUCCCGUCCAUUCUUGGUGAUGCAAAAGGGAUAUUCCAGAAAAUUCAAGAGGAGACGGCUGCAGAACUCGACAGAUCUGACCUCCAGAUCACCCACGGAGACUUUUGGACCGGAAACGCCCUCUUGCCAGAUUGGCCGCUGAGAGAAGGAACCGAGACACUUGUCUUCAUCGUAGACUGGGAGGUGUGCCAGUUCAGCCUCCCCCCCCUCGACCUGGGGCAGAUGAUUGCCGAGCUGUACGAGCUGUCUCUGUUCAAGGGCAUGGACGAGGGGAAAUGGCUGAUUGAAGGGUUCACCGCGGGUUAUGGUGAUGUGAAUGCCGAGUUCGCCUUUCGCACUGCGCUUCACGUCGGGACCCAUCUCAUCGCCUGGGGCACGCGAGUGCCGGGCUGGGGCUCCGAGACGCAGGUACAGCAGGUUGUUGGCGUGGCCAAGGAGAUCAUUCUGCGCGCCUGGCAUAAGGACCGCGCGUGGUUUGAGGCGAGCGAUCUGGCUUGCCUGUUUAGCGGCCAGUGAGUUCGCGCCGUUCCAUUGGAGACAGACCACAGAGGAAGACUCCGUUAUUCGUUUCUACUGUGUGCCCGAGGGCUCUCGUGAUCUGCGCCUUGUGCUGACAUACCGAUCUCAACAUGGAGGCUAGACAAUCCCUACAAUAGUCUCCCAGCUGGACAUGAGGAUGAGAAUGACUGAUCGGUGGCUGUCGUGGAUCUGACACCACGUUUUGGGCGCGCGUGCGAAGGGUGGGGGCACUGGUAUUGAGCAGAAAGACCGAGUUGUCUAGGAAGAGGGCUGCGUGAGAGGUUCAUUUAAAUAUUUCAAGGGGUAUGUAUGGUAGGUGGUCGGGGCGGAUCGAGGACUGGAUGAUACCCUAACCCUAACUCGUCCUCCAAUUCCUGG